GCUCCGAUCCUCGGUUACGAUAAGGAUAUCUGCAGAAUGGAACAGAAAAUUUAAUUUCGAUACACGAGCAAGAUGCCAACUUUAUGGUUGACCAACGAAUCUGGCUCGGCGGACGAAGUCGAAUUUUCACCGCCCUCAAAUACGGAUGGUCAACAGGAGCUUGGCAAUAGACGCAAGUAUCUGAUCUUAUUCAUCACCAGCUGGAAUUGUCUAGUUGUGACGUUUUCUAGUACAUCGCUACUUGUAGCCACUCCCGAGAUCGCUUCCGAUCUCAAAACCACAACAGAAAUCAUCAAUGCCACGAAUGCUGGCGUUCUGGCUGCUAUGGGAUGCUCCUCGAUGAUAUGGUCUCCCCUCGCUGAGUUAAUCGGCCGACGACACAGCUAUAAUGCCGCUAUCCUCUUCAUGCUGGCUACAUCUGUUGGGACUGCUGUGGCGACAAACUUGCCAGACUUCACAGCGCUGAGAGUACUUUCAGGCCUUACAGGCACGUACUAUAUGGUAGCUGGUCAGACUAUCAUUGCUGAUAUCUACGAGCCUUUUCUUCGCGGUAGAGCUGUCGGUUUAAUGCAAGUUGGAAGUGUCGCGGGAACGGCUAUAGGACCAUGUUUCAGUGGUAUAAUCAUCACUUUUAGCCACUGGCGGAGUAUCUACUGGUUGCAGUGUUCAAUGACUGGCCUAGGCUUUGUACUCUCUUUCUUCUUCAUCCCGACUAUUAAGAGCGAGGUUCAGCAACUUCAUGGCAAGCUAUCAGCAUCGGAACGAUCUGUCUCGGGAGUCCUCAAAAGAUUCAACCCUAGCAAGAUUUUAAAGCAGUUUCUCCGGCCACAAGUCUUUCUAGCAGACUUGACAUGCGGGUUCCUUGCAAUUUCACAAUACGGUCUGCUUACAUGUGUCAGACACAUUAUCACUCCUCGAUACCAUAUCACGACGCCCUUGAUCAGCGGUCUCUUCUACAUUGCACCGGGGAUGGGCUUCAUCGUUGGGAGUGUCCUAGGUGGGCGUAUGUCGGAUCAUGCUGUCAAGCGAUACAUUGUGAAACGUGGCGGCAGUCGCCUGCCCAAAGACAGGCUGAACAGCGGACUGGUCCAUUUAUUUUUCGUACUGCCUGUUUCUUUACUUCUCUAUGGAUGGAGUUUGGAAAAAGAAAUCGGGGGCUUGGCGUUGCCCAUCGUCAUGGCUUUCUGGAUUGGCGUUGGCCUGAUGGGGGCUUGGAAUGGACUUAAUACGUAUACCGCUGAAAUAUUUCCUGCCGAACGCUCCGAAGUGGUAUGCAGCAAGUACGUGUUACAGUAUGCUUUUGGUGCGACCAUAUCGGCUACAAUCGUUCCUCUUCUGAAUGCAACAGGAGUCGGUUGGACAUUCACUAUUUGUAGGCACCAAAUAGCGUUAUUGACAAUACUACGCAGGCUAAUCAAGAUAUAGGCACGUUUCUUAAGAUCUUCGGUGGACUAAUAGUUAUUUUUCUUGCAAGAGUUGUCCCGAACACUGGUGUUUGGGAGUAUAAAGGCUAGAGCAGUUGCGUUCAGCCGUUAGUUAUCUUCACGCCUAGCAAAACCAGUAUUGGCCGAAGUGGCAUCAUAAAGGCCACAUGCUUUGUUGCUGAAGAUGCAUUAGAUGUUAAAAAAUGGAAAUCGAGGCAUCGUUUGAUUCCGUCUUUGAGCAAGCAUCUUACUCGGGACCCACACGAAGCGGCGUUUUAGAUCAUAGCCGGCUUGUAUAUAAACUCUCCAUUAAAUUAGAAUUUUUGUGUCUUGGAUGCCUGGCGUCUUAGUA